GGUUACCAACGUAAUUUGGAUAAUUGGGAACGCUAGGGAAGCUAGCAACUUUACUAGUAAUUGGUGUUUGCGAAAAUAUAAAGAGCGGUGGUCGAGUGAAGGUACUGAACGUACUGAAAAUGUCAACAACAGGGUUAAUACAUUGUCAGUUAUGGAUGGGAGGGCUGGAGCCCUAUAUGACAGAAAGUUUUGUAAUGUCUGCUUUCCAAAGAAUGGGGGAGCAGCCCCAGAAUGUUAAGGUUAUGAGAAAUAAGUACACUGGAGAGCCAGCAGGAUAUUGUUUUGUGCAUUUCACAACAGACGAAGCAGCACUCAAUGCCAUGCACAAACUCAGUGGAAAAGUUAUUCCAAAUACCCAGCCUCCAAUUCGAUUCAAGUUGAACCACGCGAGUACAACAGGUCGUCCACCAAUAGACCGGGAAUUCUCUCUGUGGGUUGGAGAUCUGACGCCUGAUGUCGAUGACUAUACCCUGUACAGGACAUUCGCUUCACGAUACCAGUCCAUCAGAACAGCUAAAGUGAUUCUAGACAAUGCUGGCUACAGUAAGGGCUAUGGAUUCAUCCGGUUUGCCAAUGAAGAGGAACAGAAAAACUGUCUUGUGGCAAUGAAUGGCUACAAAGGCCUAGGAAGCAAGGCCAUAAAAAUCAGCAAUGCCGUCCCCAAGCCCCAUCGCUUCCAGACCACAACGACUGGUACAGCCACCACAACAAUUAACACAAGUGGGUACAGCUCAAGCCAGGACUACAGUCAGUACUAUGAUCCCUCAUACUGGCAGAAUUAUUCUGCUUGGCAAGGCUACUAUGAUGCAAGCACCGAUCCGUCAGCUGCAACCUCUAUCCACAUGACACAAGCAGUGGGGGACUAUGUACAGAGUCCUCAUGCAGUUCAGCAGGUUGUGGAUGAGACUGCAAGUGCCGAGGAUGAUCUAGAGCUAGUUGAACACAACAUUCCAUUGGAUGUUGAGAAGAUGAACUGGGAAUUGAUUGAUAGGGACUACAACUUCUGGGAUGCCCUUGAGAGUUCCAAAUGGCUGCCUGUUGAAGGACUGGAGUGUAACUGAACAAUACAAUAUUAAUUCUACAAUACAGUAUUUAUUACACAAUAAAGAAAAAUACAUUUUGAAAUUGUAUGAAUGAUUUCUGUAUAAAGUUAUAUAUGAUUUGUUCAUAUAAUUCACUGAUUAAAUAUCUUUUUUGUGUAAACCA